AUGCUGCUGAAUCUUGGCCUCGCAGCGGAUGCCGCAGCAGCUCAUUCAAACGACCCUUCGUCCCAGCCAGAGUCUCCUCCAGCUUUGGCCUUGCCAUACUCACCCUCGUUCGCUUUCCCGGCACUACCAUUCUUGGAUACCUUUCGUAAUCGCACUAAGCAGUCCGGUCCUGCUACGCCCGCUGAAUCAACUUCCACGGCUAUGAGCCCAGUCAUGUCGACGCCAACGGAGGGCGAGUCUUCCACCGCCGCCUCAUCUGCGCUUGCAAGGCCUCGAGCCAAUCGUUCGUCAACCUAUAAGAAGUCGUCGCGACCUAAGACCUCAUACCAGUUCGCCCACCCGGCUUCGCAUGCCCGUCACAAGCGCCUGCGGCUUCGGCCGAAGCUCUUACUGCAGGUACAGCAAGUGUCGCAAACCCCGAGACCCCUGCCCGUUAUAGACGUCCUUCCUUCGACCAUGUAUCUGCCUCGAUUAGCGCGAAAGUUUCCAGCUCUGUUUCGCCGAAAGAACGGCCUUUGUCCCUACGAUGUCAUUAUAGUCAUGAGCGAGUUGUAUGAGCGCACCCGGGCAAGCAUCCCUGAGAAGCACGCAAGCUCCGAAGACGACGAUGAGGAUCAGCGCGAGGUCGUCGCUACAGUAUGCCAGAUGCUUCAAGAGGAGGCGCGCCUGAAAGGGAAGGCGGAAAUUUGUCUCAACUUUGGACCCGUAUGGGAGGCAACCCCUCUCCCCAGUGGCUCGUAUGAGUUUGUUGCCCACACGGAUGAUGGGAUUCGGGUCAUGCGAUGGGCACUGCGAGGAGGGAAGAAUCGCCGAGGAACUGUGUCCUCGGUAUCGCAAACGCGUGAUGACACGAAACGGUUCACAUUCAGCGUCAUUGACCCUAAUACUCGUCAGCACCCAGUAAUCGCAUCAAUGACCAAAAACCAACUGGAAGUGAACGACAAGUAUUCCGCCGCCGUUGCACGAACUACGACUGGGCCCACGACCCCAAGUUCCGGCAUGUCCGUGGUGAGCGACAUGUCAGAUACGGAGACACCCAUGGAUACCAAUGAUGUGGUUACCCUUGACGAUGAGUUACGCACUUUGAUUAUCGUUACAGGGAUCUGGGUGGCUUUCCGGGAGGGCUGGUCGCACAACUUCAACUACGCAGACCCCGUCUCUGCACCCAACGGCAAGGGUGUGACAUCUCCAACCUCGUCGGCAAAGUACAGCUCGCCCACCACAGCGAAGAUUGAGAAUGAGAGCGGAAUCGAUCGCGACGAGCUUAGCCCGGUGAAGGAUUUCUCAAAUGGGAAGCGCUGCAUGUCGAUCUCUAGCAUGAAGCGCGCCAAUACCAUGACACCAUCCGAGGGAAGCAAAGGGGCUGGAAGUCUGUCAAAACGGUCCAACUCAACCGGCGCCGCAUUCAUGGAACGAGCUAAGCGACGAAGCGCCUCGGCAGCUAGCAAUCGACUCAACCGUCACAGCAUGUUCACCGGCUCUGGCGAGAAUGGCCGUGAUAUUGUGGUCUCUCGCCCUCCAUCUCUACGACAGAACUCCAUCGAACCCGACGAUUCCCCUCAUCGCUUUGACGGACUCGACGCCAAGCUCAAAGCCAAUCCCGGUCCCGAAAUUCCCAAGCUGAUUUCACAGCCGGAUCGUGGUCUGGAGCUUACCCUUGACGGUGCAUCUGACGUACCCUCCAAGGGCUCCGAAGCUGGAAAGACCAAACGUCGACACCGUCUCAGCUCUCUCUUCACGAUCUUUCACCGAAAACACUGA